AAUAUUCGUGUUUGUUCGAAAGUUAUUUUGUAUGUUGUGUGUGGCAUUGAUGUACACUUGAAAAAGCCGAUAGAAUUUUGUUUUUGUUUCGAAUCGCGAAUUGUGAUUGGAUUUUUAUUUUCUCGUUGAAUUUAUUGAAUCGAUCGGUGGUUGCAGCAUUUGACAAAUAACGUGAGAUUUUGUUUUUGGUUCGAGUGAGAGAACGGGAAAAUGCCGACAAUCAUUGCAUUGGACGUAUCAUUGUCGAUGACAAGGACUUUACCGGUUACAACAAAUGGUACAAAUGGCACAAACGAUGAACACAUUACGUAUAAUCAAUUGGCCGUCCAGGGAAUUAAUGAAUUUUUGAAUUAUCUCACAAAGAAUUCCAAACUGGAGCAUGUCGCUUUGGUGGUUUUUUCAUCGAAGUACGACGUUCUGGUUGAUUUCACACGAGACUACGAUGCAAUCCGACAGGCUUUGUUCAAUGUUGAGCACUACGACAAGGUGUGCCUCGAAAAUAUGCUUCGAUCAGCUGGUGCUAUGCUUCUAUCGAGUUGGGGCUCCCAGAACUAUAAUCAGAUAGUGGCAUUCACACAUUGUGGCGUUGGCCUUGGAACGACAUCUCUGCAUAGCACAAUAUCCACAUUGAUAGCGCAGAAUGCAUCAAAAGCGGCGCCGACAUCAUCGACCAAUAUGCCAAAGCCACAGUUUCUGCAAAACGAAACGUCCAGCGAGAGUUGGAUUCCAUUUUCAGGUCUGAGCAAAUUGAGCUUCAUUUGUCUGGGCUCAACAGCUGAGCCAUACUUUCAAACGGCAAUCGAACUGUACCAGCAGCUUCUGGAUGUAAGCGGUCAGAAGGGACAACUGUUUGUUGCUCACGUUGAAUCCGAAGCCAGUAAAGUCAUUAAGAGUACAUACAAUGGAGACGCAGCAGCCUUUCCAACCACAUCACAAUGGAAGAAUGAAAUUAUCACGCGGCUCAUUGACGAAAUGUGCGAAAUUAACUAUAAACCAUUUGAAGCCAUUCUGAAUUGUGGCGAAUACCAUAAGCUCGAAUCACCAAUUGUCAUUUGGCCAUCGCCAAUGCCGUACGAUGAUGAGAGAGAACCACCAAAAAUGAUAUCACGAACUAUAACCGUGUGUGGGUUUCUCAAUUUAGCCGAUAUUGGUUCGCCAAUGUCGGUGAGUCGUCAUCUAAUACUGCCGAAUGAGAAUUUAACCACAGCUCGGCCACAAGGAACGACCGAUGCCGAAAAAUUGGAGAACGACAUCAAGUCGUUUUAUUCAAAAUCAGAAGAGGAUGACCGAUCCGACCAUAAUAAAUCCACCGAUGAGUCUGCUUGUGUGCUGCUACACGGUGCCUUGAAAUUUGAAAAUCUAGCGGCAGUUGUUGUUCUCAACGAUGACUGGUUUGGUUUUCUGCACUCAUAUUCAGACAGCAAACGAAAAUCAAAUAUCAUCUUAACGAUUUUACCACCAGGCAACGACAAUAUCCCAUGGUUGAGCGACUUUCGAUUCUUUGCCACGGCUAACGGAGCGUUACCGGGAGAAAAUUCCCAAUUUCCCAUCAAACCUAUUCUAUAG